CAGUCAGCAAUUUUAUAAUUUACACAUUACAAAAUUAUAAAAAUAUUAAUCUCAGAUGCUGUACCCUCAAUGGACCUCACACGUCCGAAGAGGUCGCUUGUUAUCUGAUAUCCCACGCCAUUCAAAUUUUUGCAUUGGAAGCUGCAUUUAUCGUUUGAGAAGAAAUUUAAAGUUAUAUUCUGAAGAUGUACGCGUGUGUAUUUUUUGAAGAGGAUAGUAGUUUGAGCGUUAUUUGGAAGGAAGAUCGGGAUUUAAGUCUGAUUGAAGACUUUAAAGAACACCAUAAAGUGGAAAUGAAAUGGUUACUGAGACCUGGAACCCCCAAAACAUUAUAUCACGGAAUCAUUGUGAAAGUUAGCGAGGAUAAAGCAUAUUUGGACACAUUUGCUAAUAAAGCCUAUACUGCCAUUAUAAAAGACAAACUGCCAGUUCAAGGAGACAACCAGGGCCCACCAGAAGAACUUUUCACUUUUGAUUUGGGUGACAAUGUCAAAGGAAAAAGGAAAAGAACUAAAACCGACAGAGUAGUACAAAGUGAACAACAGGAUGAGGAAUUAAGUCCAAAGAAAAAGAAAAAGGAUAAGGCAGAAAAAGAAAAACUUAAUGAAGAAUUAAGUCCUAAGAAAAAAAAGAAGGAUAAGGUAGAAAAAGAAAAAAAAGACAAGGACCAGACAAAAAAGAAAACAGUUGAGAAAACAACAAAGAAAAAAAGUGAAACGGCCACCCUGCAGCAAGUUGGGCAGCUAAUAAUGAAAGAAGCCGGUUCUGACUUGAUGAAUCAGUUUUCUGUGGAUGACAGCAAUAGUAAUGGAGAAGCAGAGAAUGCACCAAUACCAUUGCCAGACUUACCAACAGCAUUACCAAGUGACGUCUUGGAUAAAAACAAUGAAGACGAUCAACAUGAUAAACCAAAUAUCAUCCUGCCUGUCCAUGUUGAUUUAACAUCAACAUGGAAAGUAUGUACAAAUGCCAUGGAUGCUGUUCAUGAUGAGAUUCCUGCACAUGAUGCAACUGUUACAAAUACAUGUGUAAUCCCAGUGCCAUCAGCUGAAGUUUUAACAGUAAUAAAAGGCUUGUUAAGAAAUGAUGUGCAGGACUAUCUGAAAGCAGUGAUAGCUUGGUCUGCAAGACAGCAUCCAUGUAGUGAAAGAAAGGAAUACAUAAACUUGAGUGGUACAUGUACUGUUGAUGACAGACAAAACAAUCUCGAAACAAUGAAUGAGGAAAACUUGCCAUCAGCUACUAACUUUUUAGAUGAUAGCUUUAAUUAUACCAGUGCCCUAAAUGAAUCCGAUAUUAAUCCGUUAGUAAGACGUUCUCCGAGAAAGCCCAACAGACCAACAGAAGGAGAGAGACAAAAUAUAUACCCAAUAGAAACAGCUUCAUGUAGUUAUGAAAGUCAGCCUUCAAAGUCAGCAGUAGCAGAGACACUGAGAAGAUCUCCAAGAAAAAACAACUUAACUGAAACACAGAAGAAAAGUAGUGAAAGGCAACAG